AAUGAAGCGUAAAAACCAAACAGGCUGCGUUAGCUCCGCUGUCAUGACGUCGGGAUGUUUUUCUUUCCUCCACCGUCAACGAGACACCGAGCACCGACAUCCAUGAAGCCCGUCGCCCGCUGAACCGCAUCCGGCGUGAAGUCAGCUCCGCGGCCCGCCCGGUCCAGGAGGAAGUGGUGACCUUGCCUAAUUGACACGCUGCUCCCCGCUCCCCAUCUCUGCCCCCCCACCCACCCACCCCUGUCGGGAUUGGGUCUCCGUGCUGCCGGCGGUGGAUUGGAGCACUCUGAUUGGAGGUUUUGCGAGGUGGUUUUUCGGUCUGGCGCCGCCUCCCCCCGGGGCCGGCGUGCGCUCCCAGCAGCCCGUGGUGCCCUGUGCCCCCCCUUCCCCGUCAGUACACAACAGAGCCCAUGCCCAGGGAGGAGGCGCAGUGCGUCUGCCAGGAGCCAUGUGCCUCCCUCACACCAACAACAUGGACAACAAGCUACAGGGUGCGGGACAGGGGGGAGGGGCUUCACUUCGACUGCGACCAGGAGGCGUUCCACUGGAGCCCUUCAUACACCAGGUGGGGGGUCACACCAGUAUGAUGCGUUACGAUGACCACACAGUGUGUAAACCUCUGAUCAGCAGAGAGCAGCGAUUCUACGAGUCUCUGCCUCCAGAGAUGAAGGAGUUCACGCCGGAGUAUAAAGGCAUGGUGCUGGUUUGUUUCGAAGGCGAUUGUGACGGCUACAUCAACCUGGUGGCCUACCCCUACGUGGAGAGCAACAUGGAGGGAGGGGCUGGUGACCACGAGGAGCGUGAGCCUCCUGAGAGGGAGCAGCCGAGGAGGAAACACUCCCGUCGCAGUCUCCACCGCUCCUCCUCCUCUUCCGAACACAAGGAUGAGCGGUCUGACCUGAGGGAGUCACAUGACACUGACACCUCUGAAAAUCUUGCAGAGCUGAAGAGUCCCAGGCUCGACCCAAAGAUCCACUCCGACGUUCCCUUCCAGAUGUUGGACUGGAACAGUGGUUUGUCAUCAGAGAAGAUCAGCCAUAACCCCUGGAGCCUCCGUUGUCACAAACAGCAGCUCAGUCGCAUGAGAUCUGAGUCCAAGGACCCCAAGCUCUUCAAGUUUCUAUUGUUGGAGAACGCUGUUCAUCACUUCUCUUACCCCUGCAUCCUGGACCUGAAGAUGGGCACCAGGCAGCACGGAGACGACGCCUCCGAGGAGAAGGCGGCCAGGCAGAUGAAGAAAUGUGAACAGAGCACUUCAGCCACGCUGGGGGUCAGAGUGUGCGGCAUGCAGGUGUACCAGCUGAACACCGGUCACUACCUCUGCAGGAACAAGUACUACGGCCGCGGCCUGUCGAUCGAGGGCUUCCGCCAGGCCCUCUACCAGUACAUGCACAACGGAAAGGGCCUGAGGCAGGACCUCUUGGAGCCGAUCCUGAAUAAGCUCCGCAGCCUGAAGGCGGUGCUGGAGAGCCAGGCCUCCUACCGCUUCUACUCGUCUUCGCUGCUCAUCAUCUAUGAGGGAAAGGAAUCUGGGGGCCCCUCAGUCCUCAGCUCUGGGCAGCAUCCAGCCUGGCAGCAGAAGACUCCUCCGGCCCCGACAGAGCCCGGCCCCGGGCCCUUCGCUCCUCCGGCCCCCGACGCUCCCCUCAAAAUGGACAUGAGCCAGAAACCAGAGCCGGGGUCGCUGUCCUCUCAAGGGUCCGGACCAACGGCUCCGCCCUCCCCUGCCCCUCAUCCCCCCCCACAAGCCCCAACCACCACGUCAGACUGCCACUCCUUCUCCCCACCUACACCCUCCCCUCACCCCCGUCCAGACCCCUCCUCCCUGUCCUCUGCUCCCAGUUCAAUUUCCUUGCCCCCUCCUCCCGCCCCACCAAAGCAGCCCCCCCACGUGGACGUUCGUAUGAUCGACUUCGCCCACUCCACCUUUAAGGGUUUCCGCGGGGACACGGCGGUGCACGACGGGCCGGACCGGGGCUACAUGUUCGGACUGGAGAGCCUGGUCCGGAUCCUGGAGAGCCUGCGGGACGGCAACCCGCCGUAGCUCCGCCUGCAUACAUACACACACACAGACACACACACUCACACACUCAUACACUGCUCUUCACGAGUUAGCUGCUGAGACAUCUCGGCUGUAAAUAUGGAACAGGGUUCUCCAGGACGUCACCAUGGGCACAUGGGCAUUCUACAGGAAAGUAGCUACUAUAGCAAAAGGCAGGAGGUGAGCCAGUGGAGCUCUGGAUCACCUCUGCACCACACACACACAGGUUGUGCAUCUAUACUUGUGAGGACCCUCGUUGACAUCAUAUAACAUAAAGUUAACACAACUACAGCCCAAACUCAAGUACGCAACUAAAACCCAAACUUAACUGGCAUGAGCCCUUUUCAGAAGAAGCUCACAGCCUCACACAAACACACACACACACACACACACACACACAAACACAAACACACAAAAUCGUUAUCAAUCACUGACAAUGAUCAGGGAAACCGUGGAAAUCUAAAAAACAAAACCUUCUUGGUGGAAGUAAUGAGGGCGACUGAGGUCCUCACACCGAGUGAGACUUUGAAGGAUUUAGGACCAGACGAGGUUCCCUCAUGUUCCUCACAAACAUAGACAAUCAACAGCAGACACACACACACACACACACACACAUACACAUCCUGGGAACAUUUAUCUGUGGAGCAGCACCGUGGAGCAGAGAAACAACCAAUCAGCUGAAACCCAGGGACCGCCCACUGAAGUUGACCCAGAAUCACGUGACACCUCACCCCCCCACCCCUUCACCCCCCUGCCUACUCCUCACUCUUCUUUCUCUACACAAACCAAACCCGGACAGGUGAACAGACUCUUUCAGCGUUACCUCCAUGACGCACUCAGAACCACACACACACACAAGCAUCUGUUAAAGCAAUAGAUGGCGAUGAUAGAUGGCAACCUUUUUUUCUCGGGCGGUGCAUAGGGCGACGCCAACAGGGAGAAGUGCGACAGAAGUUUGCAUCAUAGCAGUUAGACUUAAAGGAAACAGUGUAGAUCCUUUUUAAAAAACGCUAUAUGUCCGUUUUUGGGGCUUCAAGUAGUCGGUGUCCUGUGAAAAUCCUCCUCUCUAUUGUGUCUGUGUCAUUUUCCCAAAAUCCAGUCUAGUGAUAUUCUAUAUUUUUCAUCCUGUCAACAAACCCCAUGAAAACUCAUUCGAUGACAUGUUUCAGUGUAAAAGUCUGAUAGAUCUUAUUUCUUUGUGCCAAAACACGUCACUUUUACAUUGGAUCACAUGUUCUGUCAGGUUCCCUCACACCACCCUGCUGCUGGAAACACUCACUAAAGACUACGUAUGAAUGCGCUGCUGAAAAUAGUCCCCCAGCAAACCCACCCACUUCCUGGUGUUUGUAAAACGUCCCUAGAAAGUAGCGAGACAAGUUAUUUUUUUUAAAGAAAAUGUAGAUUUGUGUAUUUUAUGCUUUUAUUUUCUGGCCGACGGGAGAGAGAUGACCAGAAACGACUCAUGUCUGCAGAUGUUGCCGGUCGUGAUCUGCCCUUCAGAGCUGAGCUCCUCCUGGAGUUCAUCCUCCAACGUGUCGGUCAGCAGCUGCUCCGGAGCUUUCAGAUCGAAAGCUCUAGAUCAGCUGUUAAUGUGACUUUGUGGUGAUAAUUAGAGAUGUUUCCAAAACACUUUCCUGCUGUUUUGAAGCAGCAAAUAAUUGAUUACCAGGAAAAGGACAAUGCACUUUUAACUGGAUGAAACAAAUAUACUUUAAAAUUGAGUAUACUAUUAAGACAGGGUACUGGAUCGUUGCUUAGAUUUGAAGGGCGCAGAACUUUCCCUGAGUUUUCUGUGUUUUUGAACAAAACGUUCUUAGAAAUAAUGUUUUAAUCAAAUUGUUGAUUCUAAAGUAAAGAAGGAACUUUCCAUCUUUCACAGGAUCUCGUGAUGUUAAAGCUCCAGAAACAGCUUGAACUCUGAGGUGGUUUUUGUUUUGACGACUUUAAAUUUCCUGAGGUAAACGUGUAUUUCCACAGGAUUGAGAACUUCGAACGUUUAAAGAGACGCGUUGUUGGUUUUCAUGGGAUCUGUUGACAGGAUUAAAGUGUUGGAGUGGUAAAAGCCUUAUUCUGUGCACUAGAGUGACAUGGUGGAAUAACAGGAAUAUUUAAUGUCAAGAAUAUUUUUCUGAUGUGUAAAGUGUGCUAAAAAAAUGCACAAGAAAGUAAGUUGUGAUAUAAUUUGCUUAGAAUCAUUAAUAACAGUAAACCUGAUGAAAAAUUAGACAAACGAUCUAACUAUCGUUCAGCUCGACACCAAAAAAAAAGAAUAAGUAAAGAAAAUCAUCCUCAGGUCAAAGUCGGCAGAGGAUGUUAUUGUUUUAUAUCUCAUGUAAUAGGUCAGAUGAGAUGGUGUCAGCCAAUCACAGUCCAGUUCCAGAGGGAGGCUGGCCGUGACGCCGCACCGCCCCCUGCUGGACAAGAACAGGAUUCUAACCCCAGGAGCUGGAAUAGAGCAAAUAUGAAUAUUUUAUUUUUGGUUUAUCAAGGUGAUAAUUUAUUUUUUUAUCGUACCUUUACCCAUGUGUGGGGGCAAAUGUUCUGUCUUUUACAUGUCUCGCCCCCUAAAUGUAUAAACUGUAAAGAAAUUAAGACACUGUGUGAAAAGUCACGAGUAUAAGCAGUAUUACUCGAGCGAACUCAAGUCUGUUCCAUUUGCUGCAAAGACUCGGCCUCAGUCUGACGUUGAUUCUGCAUCGACAGACCAAAAAUUUGAUGUUUCAUGAAGAAACACGAGCAACAAAUACAGACCUGAGUCUGCUCACUGAGCCCGACACCUCUGCUGCUCUGGUGGAGAGCUCAUCUUGAAAGUGUGUGAGUGUGUGUGCGUGUGUGUUAGAGCAGAUGUAGAUGCCAUCUUUAGUCUUUGGUUUGUUUCACUUCACAUUUAAAGGAGGUGGUAAAGAACUGCAUGCACGUUCUACGUCCUCCUGUUUGAGUCAUUUUUCAGCACAGCGUCCAGCGGUCUUGUUACAGUCCUCACAGAGUCUAACGCAGUGACGCUCCACGUGUCCUCUCAGAUCGUGAUAUUUAUUCAUGGAUAUUAGCCUCAAUGACUGAUCAGAGUUAUUUAGCAGCAUUUUCUGCAUCUGACAUUGUCCUGUUUGUUAGAACAGUGGAAGUAAGUGAGAUUAAAUCUUUCCAGAAGCUUU